AUAUAAGACACCACCGCAGCGCUGAUUCAUCGGUUGAAAAUAGAUUUAAAACGAGCAUGGAAAGUGACUUAUUAACAAUGACCGAAAAACCGGGUAAAAAUGACAUUUGAAAGUUGUAGUUGUAACAUACUUAAAUUUAAUUCUUGUUAGUAUUAUUUGGAACAUACAAAAGUAUUUCGAUAAAGAUAUGAUGUGAAUAAGAGUUUUUUAGUUUAAAAAACACAUGAAUGUACAGACUGUGGUCCCUUUGCAUAUCCAAUGAAGAAAUUAAGAAAAGCUUAGUGUUGUGCAAAAGUCAUCAAUGUCAUCCGACUAACCAAAUCACUGAAGCAAAAUUAAUGAUCCAAGGAAAAUCCUGAAAAUCGUAACCCACUGAAAUUCUGUUAAUAUCUUUCCCCAAAGAUUUAUGCUUCCAAAAAAACUAUAAAGCAAUUCGAUGGCAUCCUCUCGUUUACAGGUAACUGCGCGUCAGUUGUCGAAAACAUUUAAGAAGAAAGGACGAUUUGAAAUUGGGAUUGCGUCAGAGCUUCCACCUGCUUAUAAAAAAUUUUGGCGUGAGUGGAAGGUACUGAAGCCAGCAGCUGUACAUUUCGUUCCUCAAGAAGGGAAGUGGAAACGCGACGAAUUGACUGGUGAAACUUAUCCGAUACAAAAUAUUCCUAUUCCUCUUAAAUUCCCCGCUGAAAUCAAUGAGGGGAUAUGGGGAGGAGAAGCUGUGGUUAAAGGUUUCCAAAAGCGUGAUGAUAGACGACGCAGGGUACCUCACUACUGGGUGCCAGUACUGAAGAGAACUGUAGUAAGAUCUGAAGUUCUCAAUACUCAUCUCUCAGUAACUGUAACGGAUCGAACUAUUAGUCUCAUUAAUGAUCACUAUGGGUUUGACCAUUAUCUACUGAAGACUCCUGCUUGUGAUUUAGUCUCUGUACUAGCAUUGAAACUGAAAAAACAAAUACUAACUGAAUUAAUGAAUGGAUGCCCUAGACACGCUUAUGACCCUAAAAAGCAGAUGGAAAUCUAUGAGGAGUACAAAACAUAUUUAUCAUCAUAUACACCUGAAGAAAUUGAAUGGUAUGGGCUGACAUGGUAUGAAGCACUGAGCAAAGUGGCAAAGUUAAAAGAAGCUGCUAAUAAACCUAUACCUUUAAAAAAUGUCUACAGAAAAAACUUAGUAGAAAAGUUAAAAUCUGCAGGAAUUGAAAGUAAAAGUAGUUCUGCUGAUGAAAUAUCGGCUACUACAUCGUGGCUGUCCAAGAUGAAUCCUUUUGGCAAAAAAGAUGAAGCAUAAGUGCGAUCACUAGACAUCUUCAUGUGUUUAAAUAGUUUAUAAAUUGUUGUGUUAAAUAGAAUAUUUAAAAUUCAAAGUAGAUGAUGUUUGAGAAUCA